AUGGACAAGCCCAGCGUGUGGCGAGCCGUGGCCAGCACCUCGGACAGCCGGCGGGCACGGGACCCACCUCCCAGCGCCCCGCACGCAAGCAGACCCGGCUCGGCCAUGGGGUAUCGGCUGUACGACAUCCACGACUCCGUGAAGCUGAUCAAGUUCGCGGACGACACCACCCUCAUUGGACUCAUCUCCAACAACGAUGAGUCCGCCUACAGGGGGGAGGUGGACCGGCUGGUGUCCUGGUGCAGUGGUAACAACCUGGAGCUGAACGCCCAGAAGACAGUGGAGAUGAUUGUGGACUUCAGGAAGAGCACUGUCCCCCCACCCCCACCCUCCGUGAUGGACUCCCCCAUCACCUCUGUGGAGUCCUUCCGUUUCCUGGGCACCACCAUCACCCAGGACCUCAAGUGGGAGCCGACCAUCAGCUCCCUCAUCAAGAAGGCCCAGCAGAGGAUGUACUUCCUGCGGCAGCUCAGGAAAGCCAAGCUGCCUGCACAGAUGUUGGUGCAGUUCUACACGGCCAUCAUCGAGUCCAUCCUCACCUCCUCCAUCACCGUGUGGUUCGCUGGAGCCACAGUCAGGGACAAACAGAGACUACAGCGCAUUGUGCGCUCUGCAGAGGAAGUGAUCGGCCGCAGCCUUCCAUCGCUGCAGGACCUCUCUGGCUCAAAAGGCUGUGAUUUGCAUGCGGAAACAUUCACAUCUGGGCGUUUGUGGGGCGAGGGCGGAGUGCUCUCUGCAGCUGUACCAGUGUCAGUGGCGCGUGAGGAGAGCUCUGGCACCGUGCGCAUCUCUGGGGGCCAGCGAAAGUUCCCUUCGGGGGGAGUGGAGGGGGGGUGGUUGGGUGGGGAGUGGAGUGGAGCCGUGGCCACCGUUGCAUCCUUGGUUUCAAACGGCCCCAUAAUAAGCCUCGGUGUCUUUGCCCACGGCGGCGUCACGAGCCACCGAGAGCGCUGA